CACCAAGUUCACGACAUUCUCGCCGUGUCGCCUUCUUUGCAUCGGCGUCAUUGUUGGUGUGGUGACGAUAUGCUUCAUGGUGAGACAAGGGUGGCCCUGGCUCAUGCAUAAAUCUCAUGGCCUCAAGAUGUAACACCCUCUUUGUCGUGGUCUUCUUCCGUCAAGACUUCGAGCUUCCCACCCCCUCCAUCUUGGUGCUUGCUUCUGCGGCCGCAACUUGCAUUGCGAAGCAAGCCUUUAAAGCUCUGGCUUCCUUUCUCAAUAGUGGCACCUUGCAUAGCUUUUCUCCUUCGAAGAUGAGCAUCGAAUUCUUGAAGGGAAUCGGAAAAGCUUUCUUCUCCUACAAAAAGUCUAUGUCGAUGAUGACUGGGUAAUCCUCCUUCGACACCACAUGAAAGUCCGCCUCUCACACCCAAUCUCCAAGGGUGAUCUGCACCUUGCGAGCGACUCCAUGUGUUGGUGUGGGUUCCGAAUUUACUGUCUUCAACCAUCCUCUCUUCUUCUUGUACGAGAUGCUAAGCCUUUGUGCUUCACCACAUUAUUGUAUCAUCUUGCUCUCAUUGAAGUAGUCGUCAGGGUUUCUCCCACCAUUGUUGUUGAAUGCUUCUUGCUCCUCCGGCCUCUGAUACUUUACAAGGAACUCGGUAAUCGCCAUUGUCGAGGCAAGGUCUUGUACACCUCGUCGUUGUUGCUCCAACCCCGCCCAUGGUAGUAAGCCUACAAGAACACGAACAAGCCCUCCUGUCCGGAUAAUCGUGGAUCUCAAGUAACAACUCCGAGAAUUCUUUGACAUACUCACGAAUCCUGCCAGUGUGGGUGAGUUUUCAUAGCUACGCCCGAGCCUCCAUUUCUACAUUCUCCGGAUAAAAUUGCUUCUUGAUUUCCCUUCGAAAAUCUUCCCACGUGUUCAUCUCACACGUGCCUAUGUCCAUGUCUCCUUGGCGCCUUCUUUACCACACCAUUGCCAUAUCGAUCAAGUAUAGUGAGGCGGUAUGCACCAUCAAUUCAUUGUCGUUGGUGCCCGAAGCCUUGAAAUAUUUCUCAAGACUCCAGAAGAAAAUUUUCAAUUCUCUCAGGUUCCUCGUCCCUUCAAAAUUCUUCGGCUUUGGAACAUCCAUUAUUGGGGUAGAUUGUGUCGUGGCAGGUUUGGUAGCCACGACUAGCUUGACGAGAUUGAGCUCUCCUUAAAGCUCGUAAAACUCCUAUCUCACAUUGGUCGUCUCUGCCCGAACGGUCUCCUUCAAAGAGUCGAUGGCGUUGGUGAUCAUUGUUAGAAACUCAUUUUGAAAAUAUUCCAACCCCACCUCCAACCGCGUCAUUCGAGAAGCCACACCUUGCACGUCACCCUUCAAACAUGGUGAUGUGGUCAACAAAAUUGGCCUCUACCUUCAAGACCCUCUCCUCGAGAGCAUUCAAGGGAUCACGAGUAGAUUUGUCUCUCUAAGGAAGCUUGGUUGAGUCCUUCUUGGGCUCGUGUCCUCGUUGCUCUUCAUUGACAACUUUGGAUCCGGAUCCAUCUUGUCAAGGUUCUUUCUAGCUUGAUGAGUCACGAACCCGACUCUAAUACCACUUGUCAAUGACCAACUCUUGGUUGUGCGACACUUAGCAUUCAAGUCUCGUUAGAGCACUAAGUCACCUUAGCUCGCAUGCACUCAAACUCACAUUUGUGGAGAAAACUCUAGAGAUGGAAAGCUCUGAAUUUUUGGAUGAAUGAAAAACGAGGGAGAGGGUUUCUUAUAUUGGCGUCCUCUCCAUCAAGUACAAUGUAUGUAGUCCAUCAUUAAUGGAUGAACCUUGAUAGUCCCCCAAUACAUGAAUCGCCCCCAUACAUGAAUAAUAAUAAAUAUGGAUGCAUGUAUAGUGAUGCAUGAAUCUAAAGAUACAUGGAUGUAACUACACCCUUCUAGAGAAUUCUAAAAUCUUCUCGUGACAGUACCCAUCAGUAUCACUAAUUCAUACCACAUCCCAAGCCAAGCAAAUAUUUUCCCCUUUGUUUGGGCCAAUUGCGAGAUGUCCAAUAGCCUGCACAUCGCCGCUAAUCCAACACAGCCCAACCCAGGAUAUCAUACUUAUAAGCUAGAGUUGCAGAAGUCAUGAUGAAGCUCAGAUUGUAUUGAUGUUAGGAAUAAGAAGAAGACGUUCCAAAUUUUGAGUUUUGUCUAUCACUUAGUUUGUCACGUAUUGUAGUAAUCGUUAUUAGCCAUUAGAGAGCAAUGUGUACUUUUUCUAGUAGCCAAUAAUAAUCCGACACAUGUAAAACCUAAUUGAUAAUUUAUUUGAAUAAAUACAAAAUCAAUCA